AUGAAAAGAAUACAAUAUAGUCGUAAUAAAAGAAUGUAAACAAAGAUUAUGGCAAAACCUAAAUAUUAAAGUUUAAUAGUCUUAGUAUUCUCAGAGAUAAUGUUCUUAAUUUUAUCUUAGGAAGACCAUCCCCUUUACGAAAGAAGAUUUCCCUUAAAAAAAACCACUCUAGUUAGUUAGUAAGUACUAAAUGCAUAAUUCAUUUUACAUGCUGCCUUAGAUGUAUUCGAUGAAAAAUAUAAAUCAUCCAAAGAAUUAUUCCUCAAAGAGAUUGAUUAAAAACAAGACUAUAGAGUAUAUGGCUAUGUUACUCCAUCGAAUAUCAGAUUUUUAGUAUUGACUGAUCAAGAUGAAGAACGUGUGAAAAUAUUUUGUUAAUUAGCACAUGAAUAAUUGAUAAAAAUCUUAAUGAAUCCAUUAUAUUAAUUGGGAACAUAAAUUACCUCUCCAAGCUUUGAGUCUGUAAUUUAAUAAUUGUUGUAGAAUAAAUUAAACUAAUGA